AUGAUUUUAAAAGCAUUAGUACUUUUAUCUUUAUUAGUUGUAAAUACAGUAUAUUCAGCAGGAUCAUCAUCAAAUCCAACAACAUGUAGAGCAGUUACAUUUUCAGGUGCAGGUGAUCGUGGUGCAUGGGAAACAGGUGUAAUCAAAGGUAUUCUCGAAGCAAGAAACAAUACUCCUUCUGAUUAUGCAUGGCAAUUUACUACAGGUAUUAGUGCAGGUUCAAUUAAUGCAGCAGCUAUGGUUAUGUAUAGUGUAGGUGAUGAAUUAUCAGCAAGUGAAUUUUUAGUAGAACAAUGGUUAAGAUUGACAAGGGAAAAUGUUUAUGUUAACUGGCCUGGUGGUCCACUCGAAGGUGUUUUCUUUAAAACUGGUCUUUUUGAUACCACUCCUCUUUUCAACUUUUUAGAUGCUUUAAUUAAUCCAACUUUGAUCGCAAAUUCAGAUAGAGGUAUUUUAAUUGGUGCUACAAAUAUCGACACUGGUCUUUUCGAUCGUUGGAACAAAUCAGAUCCACAAUUUACAUUAUCAGUUGUAGCCUCCUCCUCUGUACCAGUCGUUUUUCCAAUGAUUACCAAAGAUAAUGGAUAUAGCUAUUGUGAUGGUGGUGCUACUUAUGACACACCAAUUACCGAUACAGUUAGACUCUGCUAUGGAACUGGUGCAACAGAUGUAAUUGUUGAUGUCAUUUUGGAAGGUAGUUUAGAUCCAAUUGUUAAUGUUUCAAGUUUCCACACAAUUGACGUUGUUACAAGAGAAGCUCGUAUCGAAAUUUUAAAUACUCACUUAAAAGAUAUAGAAAAUGUUAGAAUGGCUUUCCCAGAUGCCACUUUAAAUAUCUAUACACCAGGUGAAAAACUACCAGGUUAUGUUUUAGGUUUCCAAUAUUCAAAAGAGAUGAUUGCCAUGGGUUAUAAAGAUGGUUUGGAUGAAAACGGUUCAGCUAAAGAUUAUUCUAAAUUAGAUAAACUCAAAGAAAUGGUUAACAAAUAUCAAAAAAAUUCUAAAAAAUAA